AUGACUGUUUUUUUUUUCUCGCUGAUCCAAGAUGGGCUGUGUAUAACGUCACAUGUUGUUUGUUUUUUAAGCUCAGUAAUUUUGAGCGAGGAGUUGUUUUGCGGCGAACUACUAGACAUCGCAUUUUGAAAGAGAGCGGAAAUAUCCAAUUCUCGGAUAUUUAAGUUUUUCAUCUCUUUUUCUACGGAUGGAUAAAAAGUUAUUGAAACUGAAUAAAUAAAUUUUAAACGCAAGAAUGGCAAGUCCGCCUCUUAAAGAGGGACCCGCGUUAUCAAAUGACAACAACAUUCAUUCAAACAACAUCAGAAAAUGCGGAUACCUCAAGAAGCAAAAGCACGGACAUCGGCGCUAUUUUGUUUUGAAGGAUCAGAGUGACGGACUCUCUGCGCGGCUGGAGUACUAUGAGAAUGAAAAGAAAUGGAAAAACAAGUCCGCUGCAAAAAGAGUCAUAUUCAUCGACUCCUGUCUGAGCAUAAACAAGCGCGCUGACGCGAAACACAGAUAUUUAAUAGCACUAUAUACCAAGCACGAGUAUUUUGCUGUUGCUGCGGAGAAUGAGCAAGAGCAGGAGAGCUGGCACGCAUACUUAACCGAUUCAUUAAGUAAGGGAAAAGUGUGUGACAGUUCCGUUUCUAGUUCGGCAUCAUCUCUGGUGGGCUUCGAGGAGGGAAAUUACGGUAUGAUUACACCAGUGAAUGCCGCGUAUAAAGAGGUAUGGCAAGUAAAUCUUAAAGCAAAGGGACUUGGGCAGAGCAGAAAUAUCACUGGAGUUUACAGACUGUGCUUAUCAAGUCGGACAAUUAGCUUUGUGAAACUUAACUCGGAGGUGGCAUCUGUGACACUGCAGUUGAUGAAUAUACGCAGAUGUGGGCACUCUGAUAGCUUUUUCUUCAUUGAGGUGGGAAGAUCUGCUUCUACUGGACCCGGAGAGCUGUGGAUGCAAGCAGACGAUUCUGUUGUGUCACAAAAUAUACAUGAGACCAUUUUAGAAGCUAUGAAAGCGAUGAAAGAGCUGUCAGAGUUCAGACCACGCAGCAAAAGCCAGUCAUCAGGAUCAAAUCCCAUCUCUGUACCCACUCGGCGGAACCUAAACAAUCUACCCCCUAGUCAGACGGGGUUGGUGAGGAGGUCAAGGACGGACAGUACAGCAGCAACAUCUCCUGUCCCCAAAUUUUCCUCUUGCCGAAUACGCACAGCAAGUGAAGGGGAGGGUACCAUGACCAGGCCUGUCUCCAUGUCAAUAUCUGAGAAUGGGAGCCCGAUAACUGUUGGCCGGAACCACAUGAGCAGAUCUAACACAGUCUCUGUGGGCUGCCGGACAUCAGAACCAUCACUGCUUCAUCACAGCAGGUCCAUGUCCAUGACAAUGUCCCACUCGCCACCAUCUGCUGUAAGCCCACUAAGUUUGUCCUCAAUCAGUAUGAAUGGAUCCAUCUCAUCUGUAGUACACAGACCCUCCAGCUGCAAUGAUUCUGUUUCUGGGUCACCCAACGAUACUGGCUUCCUCUCAUGUGAUGAUUACAGUUCUAGCCCAGGGGAUGUGAGGUACAACCUAGCAAACAGGAGUGACACUCCUUCUUCUCUCUCCAGUACACCACCCUCACGAGAAGCCAGUGAGCUCCAUGGUUACAUGGUGAUGGACAGGCCAACCCAAAACAAGAUGUGGCCAAGUAGCAGAGAAAUGCUGGAUGUGGAGACAUACCGGAAGAGGACGUAUUCUCUGACAACCCCGCGGCAACAGGUAGCACACUCCCAGGUAUCCUCAGCGUCACUUGAUGAAUACAUGCUGAUGAGGGCUGCGAACAGCCACUCUGGACGGAGCACAAAUUCUGCCUCUCCUAAGGUCUCAUACCCAGAAGAUUAUGGGGACAUUGAGGUUGGCUCUAACAGUAAUGUGGGUGAUGAUGGCUACAUGCCUAUGACACCAGGCAUGGCACCUCAGGGUGCCAAAAAUGAUCACUACAUGCACAUGAGUCCUAUGAGUAUUUCAGCACCCAAGCAGAUCAUUAACCCGAGGUUACAUCCCCAGCCCACAGGCAGUGGCUGCACUACUAACUCGCCCAGCAGUGGAUCUCUAGAAGACAGCGGGUACAUGAAGAUGUGGUCUGGAUCCAAGUUUUCUCUUGAGAGCUCUGACGGGAGAGCGGUGAGUGGAGAAUACAUGAAUAUGUCGCCUGUUGACUCAUGCAUCUCGCCCACACCACCAGAUUAUUUGCUGGGUCAGUGUGAACCAACACAACGGCCCUCCCCAUCUCUAAGUAUUCGCUUCAACAAGCAACAGGCACCUAAACGGGAAGAGGAUGACCAGUAUGUUUUGAUGAGUCCCCAGAGCCAAAAUCCAACAGAAGAGGCAAACAGGGUUUCUGCCCUGCCCCCUCUCCGUCACCCCGAUGGCAUAGCACACAGAGCAAGAGUCAACAGGCCCAAUAGGUUAUCUCUAGACACUCUGAGGAUGCUUCCCAGCAUGACAGAACAUCCUCUCCCUUGUGAGCCUAAAAGCCCUGGUGAGUACAUCAACAUAGACUUUGCUGCUGCUACACAGUACUCUUCUCCCUCUAUGGUUUCUGUGGAAAGCCAAGGCUCAUUGUCCAACCUCAGACAGGGAUCCCCCCUCUCAGACUACAUGAAUCUCAACCAGAAUUCACACUCUCCUAAACUGAGGGAAGCACUCAGCAGUCCCCCGGAUGGAAUGCCAGAGCUGGCUGAAUGCCCAUGCCCACCUGAUGAGAGGGCUUUUUUCCUCAAUGAACAGAGGAAAUCACCAUGCCCAUCUGGCACAGGUAACGAUAACUACACUGAGACGAGUUUCAACAGUGGUCAGAUCUCACCUCCAUUCCUGACUGAGAAUGAUGAGAGUGCUUCAGUCAGCCCCACUAGCAGGGUUCAAAGGCUUAAUUUAAGCGACCAGGGGGUUUCAACUGGAAUUGGUGCUUUCUUGUUGGCUGCCUCCUCUGUAGACCCAAAUGGAGGAGCGAAGGUGAUCCGAGCAGACCCUCAGGGCCGGAGACGGCAUAGCUCUGAGACCUUUUCAUCCACCACCACAGUUGCACCUGUCUUUCCUUCCUUUGCACACAAUGUUAAGCACCACAGCUCUGCCUCAGUCGAGAACAUCUCUGUCCGAAGCAGUGAAGGUUCUGAUGAGGAGUAUGGGUCUCCCAUGUGCCGAGAGACUUCAGCUGGUUAUCGGAAUGGACUUAACUACAUUGCCUUAAACCUCAUGGAGAAACAAGAGAUGAGCAAUUGUGAGCUUGUGGGCUUCAAGACUGGUGGUUGCUGCAAAGCAGGAAUAAAUGGAUUACAUGCAACUUCAUAUGUGUGUCUGGGAUUCAAAGAGUCUGCUACCACUGUACAAGAUUGAGCAGGAAGCAGAAGUUACUCCUCCUGGUACUGAGGCAAAGUGGAAGCUCAACCAGCAACUGGUCUGGACUAUGCUGCUGUAAAUGAACUGUGACCUUUACAUCUCAUCCUAAAGCUGAACGUCAGUGAUUAUUCCAGUGAGGCCACUUUAACAUGCUACUCCUGUUUUUACCAUCUGCACCAUUUUUCAGGAACUGCAAAGCUGCUGCUGCUCUGUUGGUAACAAGAGUCAUGAAACCUACAUGCCACUUGUAUGUUUGAACAUUUAUUAUUGUUGUUGAUGUGAACACUUUGUUUUGGGGUUGUUCAAAUUCAGAACAACGAUUGGAAUAUAGUUUACCCUGAAAUCUGUAAUCUUUAUUUACCUGACCUAAACAACUGUAAGGUACUUUUUGCCCUGUCAUACGAAUAGCUAUAUUUGUGGCAUUUUAGUAACUUUAAAUGAUAUUGACUAAAAGAUUUCAACAAGUCCUCUUUCGGGAAAAGACUUGUAUUGAUGUACUCAAUUCAGAAGAGAUAAAUAAUUCUGAAUAAUUUUUUCUUCAAAAUUAAAUGUUCUCAUAUGACCAAUCCAAAGCCUUACUCUAUCUAUCUGCAAAAUUGUGACUACGUAUUUGGACCUAAGCAAUCAGAAAGUUAUCAAAAAUAUAAGAUACUUAUUGUAUUCAUUCUAUUUUUCUAAAUAUUUAGUUUAUUCAAUAAUUACAUAGUAAGUUGCUAUAUAAGAGUCCACUUUUGAUAUGCAGAGUUUCCUACCACUUAAUCAGAGGUGGUUAUUGCACAUAAUAUUUAAUAACUACACAAAUAGAUAUUAUAUUUCUGACCAAAUACGGUCAGUCAUUCACUCAAGUCAUAUUUAACAGUUACCAGUUAUAUCAUAGUUACCAGUGAAUUAAGUUAAAAACACAUGUAUUAGACAUCAGGGAUGCACAGAAAUGUUGGCUACAGAAAAUCUGGCCCAAAAAUGUCUGCCCCGUGUUUGUUUAGAAUAGAGUUAGUUUGAAGUAAAUAUUACAUUGAUCAAUGUUGACACUGUGGAGCUGCAUUAUAUAUUAUAUUUAAAUAUUGAAACCAUUUUGGAAACCAAUAUCUUAUUGUAAAGUCACACCAAUCAAAGAAAGUUAAAGUAAUCAUUUAAAAAGUAUUAUUAACGGAAUUGAUUAGAUUCAUUUAAAAAAUGAGCACUUUUGGUUUUCAGAUUAGUGGAUCCAGAAUUUGGCAAGAAUUUCUGUUCAUUUCAGUGCAUCAUUACUCGACAACAGUUUAAUGCUUGUCUGUCUUAAUCUGCUCACAUUGGCUCUGUGUUGAUAUGUGGCAGUGAUGUCUCAUUCAACUCGAUUGUAACACAUGACGCAUCAGAAUGUCGAGCACAACACCCACUUACAUGAGCGAACUGAUUAGUGGGGCAGAAAGAAAAUGAUCACAACAUGAGUAAUUUUUAGCCACUGUCUGCUUUUCCCUGUUUUAUUUUGUUGUGAACUAAAUAAAAGCUGUGAUGUGCUUAGCAUUUUCAUAACAUUUAAAAAUACUCUUCAUCCAACGCAAUAUAUUAGUGUCUUAUAUUAAAAUAUUAAGCAAACUGCUAAGAAGAAAAUAAACAAGAAAUGCAAGAUACUAAGCAUUGCAUUGGUGAAACAUGUUUUAUUCAUAUCUUAAUAAAUCUAAAAACACACGUAUAGCACUGAUAUAGAUGUGUUGAUAGUAUUUUAUGUUUAAAGCCCUGAAAAGGAGUGACACUAAAUUACUAGAGUGAUUUCUUGAGGUGAUGGUACAUAUUCUACUUGAUUCUUGGGAAGGUCUCGCUUCUUAGGUAGCUUUCAUUCACACUUUCUAUAUGCAAUAAUUACAAAUCAGAUUAGUUUACAAAGUGGAACCAAAUGGAUAAAUAUUAUGUUAAUAUAUUUGUUAAAAGAUUUUACAGAGAUAUUGAAUUUAUGCUGUUUAUACAUUUCUUUCUGCCAACUUUUAAAGCUUAUUUUAUUUUGCUUUUUGAAACUAAAAUAUAUAUAUAUAUUCAACAGUGUUCUUGAAGAUCUCGAGUAUAAGUAUAAAAAUAUCUAUUGUUUGUAUGUAUCAAAGGGUAAUAUAUUUUCAAUAUUUGCCAGGUUUAAUUGAACAAGCUGUCUUCCAUUGUACAAAUGUCACAUACUGUUCAUUGUUAUGCUGUUGAGAGAUCAUUUAAUAUAUCCUUGAUGAAUAUUGCUUUUGUUUGUGUUGCAAAAGAUAGUCACAUGCAAUAAAUGAAUAAAAUCAUU